UGUCGUUGAUUCCGUUGGAACGCUCGUCUGGCCGUCUACUGUCGCCGUCGAGUUGUGCGUGUGCCUUGUGCGUGUGCGUGUGCGGUGCGUGUGCGUGUGCGUGUCUCAUGUAGUCCAAGAUGUGGUCGCCUGCGCCUAUGGUGCUCCUAGCCCUCAUGUCCUUGGCCGUUCUAGCCCAAGUACAGAGCAAGCACAAGCCCGGUAGAGGAAGAGGACCUAACUGGUGGAAGAUCGCGAAGGUCGGUGAGCCCAACAACCUGUUACCUUUGAGUAACGGUAUGCUGUCUACAAUUGACCCAGCCAUGUACGCCAACCUGAGGCGCAAGCAGAGGAGAUUGGCCCGCGAGAAUCUCGGGGUCUUGGUCGCUGUGUCGAAAGGUGCCAACGAAGCCAUCAAAGAGUGUCAAUUCCAGUUCAGGAACAGGAGGUGGAACUGCUCCACAAAGAACUUCCUUAGAGGCAAGAAUCUCUUCGGCAAGAUAGUCGAUAGAGGUUGCCGAGAGACGGCGUUUAUUUACGCAAUCACUUCUGCGGCUGUGACUCACGCCGUGGCCCGCUCCUGCAGCGAAGGCACCAUAGAGUCCUGUACCUGCGACUACAGCCACCAAGCCCGUGGAGGACCCAACACCGCGGGGCCCAACAGCGCCACAGGAGUGCGGGAUUGGGAAUGGGGUGGCUGCUCCGACAACAUCGGCUUCGGGUACAAGUUCUCCCGAGAGUUCGUCGACACGGGAGAGAGAGGGAGGACCCUCAGGGAGAUGAUGAAUCUCCACAACAACGAGGCUGGGAGAGCGCACGUCGCGGCCGAGAUGCGGCAGGAGUGCAAGUGCCACGGAAUGUCCGGGUCCUGCACCGUGAAGACGUGCUGGAUGCGACUCCCCAGCUUCCGCGUGGUCGGGGACAACCUGAAGGACCGCUUCGACGGAGCCUCCAGGGUCAUGGUGAGCAACGCCGGGAGUCUCCGUGGAGGAGGCGGCAAGAAGGGGAAGUACAACUUCCAGCUGAAGCCUUACAACCCCGAGCACAAGCCUCCCGGAGUGAAGGACCUCGUGUACUUGGAGCCUUCGCCGAUGUUCUGCGAGCGCAACCCCAAGCUGGGCAUCCAAGGGACGCACGGGAGACAGUGUAACGACACCAGUAUCGGGGUGGACGGGUGUGACCUCAUGUGCUGUGGCCGCGGGUACAGGACACAGGAGAUCGUGGUGGUGGAGCGGUGUUCGUGCACCUUCCACUGGUGCUGUGAAGUCAAGUGCAAACUGUGCAGGACCAAAAAGACCAUCCAUACUUGCCUGUAGACACUAGAUACUUACAUACUUACCCCUAUACAUACUUCCCCCUGAGUUGUACAAAGACUGAACUUAGCGUACGCUAACAGGUUGUGCCUUUCCUUGCCGAUUCCAAGGAACGACAGAAUUUUUGAAUUCACCGUUCCUUCUGACACAAAGUGGAAUUGGUCAAGUAACGAUUAGUCCUCGCUAUCACCUUAAGUCCUUGUGUCCCACCCAACAAAAACCGUCCUGGAGACGGUCGGACAAUGCUUUUGAACUUUGAACCAAAAAGUCCAAGAGUAAAGUAGGUUAGAGUCACGUGAUGUAUAUUCGUUAGUCUAUGUACAAAUGUCCUUAUCUGUCAACGCAGUCGUCUUCCUAAAUUAAUUUAUUCUAUUUAUUUUGUAAAUUGUUUGUAAUGUUGUAUAAAUAUUUGUGAAGUUUUUUAGCGGCUUUUGUAAGUAUUAUCAUGCAAGCAGUGUAUAAAGUGAAUGAUGUAAUAUUUGUGUAUGUAAAUUAUCAGUAUUAUUUUAAUAUAGAUAUACGUAAUCAUAGGUUAAGUAGUUUUUUAUAAUGAGUAUUUUAUAUUAUAUUGAAUGGUUCUGCCAUGGAGAAAGAAUAACAGUAUUUUUAUAGUCGUAUGCUCAAUAAACUUAGUAUUGAAAGCUUGAACGAAAAUGUCGUUACCUGAGUACAUUACAGUUCAACAUAAUUGUAUUGUAAAUGUUGUUAUUAUUUGUGAUCACUAUUUUACAAUUUUCAACGGUGCAUUGCAUCAAAUAAAAGUGAAACUAAAUGUCGUAUUAAUAGAAAUACAAUUUAGUACUCUAGCAUUAAAUGAAAUUACUAUAAACAAUUAUAUAUUUGCGUAAGUCAUUUAGUAAAAAUAAGAUUUCUUAAACAAAUUUGUUACUUUUUCUCUUUAAAAGUGAACAAAAUCCUUUUACAUAAUAGACAAUACAGGCAAAAAUUCUUUCAAUUUUUUUCAUAAUAGUUUACAAUGACAACGAUAUAAAUACAGAAAUUGCACAUUAUUUAUAGCUUUAAGAUAGCGCAACAGCUUUAAUGUUCUUUAAUUACGUACUUUUAUUUUUACUGUGUUGUAUACUUAAACUAAAUUUAUGGAAUAUGAAAUAACAUUCUUAAAUGUAACUGUCUUUUAAACCUAAACAGGAAGUUCUGACUAAGGUUUCAGAAGUGUUAAUACUUUAACUAAAUAGACUGACCUUGUUACUCAAGUGGGCUUUAUGAUGAACAAAAUGCUUUAAUUAUUAAUUGUAUCGAGGAAGUGAACUUUCUUAUGUUGCCUGUACUUUUAAGAGUUGAACGUUUCGAGUCCUAGAAAACUUGCUAGCACGUUUAAAUUUCCUUUCCAUUUAUUGUAGAUAUUGUUCUUUGUUUUAUGACGAUGGUAUUUAUAUAAAAUACAAAAGUCUGACUAGCA